AUGUCCGAGCGAGGUUCAUUCCGAGGAGGCCGUGGCCGCGGUGGUUACGACAGAGGUGGUCGUGGCACCAAAAGUGGCGGUGCUGGUGGCGGUGCACAGCAGCAACAACAGCAGGAAAAGCCCAAAAAGGAAAACAUCCUUGAUCUCACCAAGUAUAUGGACAAGGAGGUUCGGGUUAAGUUCAAUGGCGGAAGAGAGGUCACUGGUUUGCUCAAGGGCUAUGAUCAACUUAUGAACCUGGUCCUGGACGACGUUAAAGAAUCCAUGCGGGAUGAUGAGGGCAAUGACAACACUCGUUCGCUUGGGUUGAUUGUUGCCCGUGGUACUUUGAUUGUGCUGAUUUCCCCCGCCGAUGGUAGCGAGGAGAUCGCCAAUCCUUUCGUGCAACCGGAGGAGUAG